UCCUGCGAAUGCAGUGAAAAUUAAAAUCAAUCAUGGUUCAAGACAGUGCGGUGGUCGGUGACACGGCCGGCCGACCAUGAUGUAGCAAUGUGUACAGCGGAUAUGGAUGAUGAUGUUGGCGAUGAUGCGAGCGUCGGACGAGCAGGGAGAUCAUAGCGCAUAGGCCGCCAUAUGGCGGAUCCUGGCGUCGAUUGAUGCAUCGCACUCGAGCGGCGGCGGCAUUGGGUCGAUGCCAGCGUUACAGAGCACUGCACCGCCAGCCUCCGAAGCGUCCGCUCGCCACCGCGCAGCGAGAGACGCAUUGAUGGAGGGUAUCCGGGAACAGGACAUCCGUUGAGAGCGGUGCGCAAUCGCCACCAUGUCAGCCAACGAGAACGCGCAUGUGGUUGCUGCUGUGCGAGAUUGCCUGUCGGAGUGGCAGCAGAGAUAGAGAGGCGGUGUCAGCCAUGAAUGGGGAGCGCGCUGGCAAUCCGAGGGGGAGGAACAACGAUGAGGGAGAGGUGAAUAUUUGAGAGGGCAUUCGACACCGAGAUCGACAUAUCCAUCGAUAGACAUCAGUAUUUGCGUGCGUGUGUUGGCUGGCGUCAGCGUGCACCCACUUCCUGCCUGUGAGCCAGAGGUCGUGCAUGCAGCUUUGCCGGGGGCGUGCCUGCGCUCGCCUGUGCGCGCCUGUGCGUCUUUUGCCUUUUUGGCGUCGCCGAGCUGCUGCUGCGCUGCUCCAUCUCGCCCGCCAUCUGCUGGCCUGUCUUGUCUGCUUCGACCGCCGACUGACUGCACGCCGCUGCACACUGCUGCACCCUCUGCCUCCUCCACCGCGCGUGUCGUCCGAUCGGCCUGCUGCUGGGACACGCCCACCGCCCCGCCGCUCCGCCAGCCUCGCUGCGAGUCCUUCUGCAUUCCGGCAUCGUUCGCAUGCCAUCACGCUCGUUUCCACCGCAGCCACGCCCAUCGACAUCGCUCGUUGCUGUCGCUUCUCCACCGCACAGCGUCGCUCCGAACACGACGCGGAUACGACGACCCGUCCGCAGCAGAGACCUCCCGCCGCCAUUCACCUCUGCCCGACACAGCUCAGAGCACCAAUCCGGUUGAUCCUGGCUGCGCAGUGACGCGGCAGACGCCAGCUCCACCACCUUCGCACCGCGAAACACCCAUACCGGCCACGACCACAUCUUUCCCACUCGAUCCACGGCCACCAGUCUUCCUGGCGCGCCUCACCGCACCUCCACCAUGCCUCCCUCGACACCGCGCCUGCGGAUACUGUCAGUUGGCGGCAAUGCGGUCUCCGCCUUCCUUUCAUGGCGCCUUUCCGCGACACAGGCUUGCGACGUAACAUUGGUGUGGAAGAAUGGCUUCGAGCAAGUGCAUCAAUACGGCAUAUCAUUCAAAUCCUCCAAGUUCGGCAAUGAAAGAUUCAAGCCAAGACAUGUCGUCAAGUCGCCUGAAGACGCUGCCGGCGCUUCGCGGGCGUCCUUUGACUACGUCCUGCUGUGCGUCAAAGCACUACCCGACGUCUACGAUCUCGCCUCUGUCAUUGAGUCGGUUGUGUCGCCGCAGCACACCUGCAUCCUGGUCAACACCACUGCCACACUCGGAAUCGAGUCGUAUCUGGAACAGCGCUUUCCUACCAACGUGGUCUUGUCACUGGUGUCGGGUGUGCAGAUUUCGCAGCUAGGCCCCAGCGAAUUUGAGCAUAGUGGCUCUUCUGAACUUUGGGUCGGAGCUGCCAACAAAAACCCAUCGAUACCCGCAUCAAUACAGACCGACAUGGCGGAAGCGCUUUCGAUGACUCUCAAGUCCGGCCAGGUCGACUGCGAGGUUUCUGUCAACAUCCGGCAGAAACAAUUUGAACGAAUGAUUGGCCCCAUUGCCUUCUAUCCCGCCAGUGUCCUUUUCGAGACACCUUCUCAUGCCGAGCUUCUGGAAAAGAACGGCGUCCGCUCGCUCAUUACAGGUAUAAUUGACGAACUUCUUACUCUCGCGCGCAAAACCGGCUGCGAAUUCAAACCCGAGUUCCGCGAACAGACCAUGGAACAAAUGAUUGUUCCAUCAGAAACGAACAGCAUCAUGUACCAGGAUUUCACCGCCAGACGACCAAUGGAAGUCGAAACAUAUCUCGGCUCGCCGAUCAAGCUGGCACAGGAAGUCGGGGUUCAGAUUCCUCGCAUCGAGACGCUCUACUCAAUUUUGCAUCACAUCAACGUCGUCAAUCAGUCGAAACCAAUUGGACCUCCUUCGCCAUCGGCAGCACCAACCCCACGCAUGUCUUCCGCACCAGGCCCUCCGAAUCACGGAUACGGCAAUGGCAGACCUCCACCGCCUGCGAUGAAUGGCAGACCGAUGCCACCCAAUGGCAUGCGUCCGGGCAGCCGCGCACCAAGCUUGAACGGUGGCCCGCCACGAAGAGGACCUCCGUCCAUGUCUGGGUAUCCGCCGCCCGGCAGGAUGAAUGGAAAUGGGUACGCACCACCACGAGGCCCGCCGCUCCAACGACGCGCUUCCGUUGAGAACAACGACCUGGAGGAGUUCAGCCACUUGAUGCUGUACAGCGACAUGGCCGAGGAUGGCGCGUACGAGAAUGGUCUGCCUCCUUCGGCCUCGGGCGACCUGACUCUACGGGAGCGCGAAUUGGCACUGCGCCAGAAAGAGCUUGCCUUGCGUGAAAGAGAGUACCACAUGCGUCGUGGCCCUGGCGGUGGCAGAGGUCCACGCAGGACACAAGAGUACGACGAUGAUGAUGAUGAAGAUGGCUUGGACUUCUUCGACCCGAUGGCGGCUGGUGCGACGCCGGUGGCCGAUGUGGACAAUCUCGACAUGAUGAGCGUCACUUCUAGGAGAACACGGAAAGCGCCGAGUGCCAGCCAGUUGCGAAGCAAUCCGGAAGGACUCAACGGUGUGCCAAAUGCGCCGCCACGUCACAGCCGUGGAAUGAUGAGGCGACCGGGACCCAACGCUCGUGCUCGAACGAGCGCUGCCAUCAUGGCUGAUAUGCCAGGACUCCGCGAAGAACUGAUGAACAACCCUCUCAUGGGCUACUCUUCUGACCGAUUCGGCAGUGUCGACAGGAUGAACAUGGGCCACGAGUCGAGGGCAAAUUCUUUGACUGCGGAGCGGCUGCAUGAAUUCCAAAAUGGCGGGCCACCACACAAUGGCUACCCAGGUGGGAGGCGUGGCAGUCAGUCCCCAGGCAACCCUUUAGGCCCCGGACAAAGGCCUCCACACGGGCGACCAUCACCUCCUAAUGGAUAUGGAGGACCUCCAGGACGCAAUGGACGACCGAGUCCGCCUGGCAUGAGCCAACCUGUCCCUCGACAUCCACCGGGACAUGGCAAUGCAGUGGCGCCACAACACAUUGAGCAACAAACAGGGGUGAGCAAUCUCUACCCACCGAAAAGCGGUCCUCCCCAUCAAGUACGGUCAUUGACAGGUUCUGCUUCUGCCAGCGCGGGGAGUGGUGAUAGCAACCGCUCCGCUCCCAUAGAUUCCGAACCCUCAGCACACAGCUCAAGCAGCAGCUUGCCACCCAGACCGCCCAUCGGCGUACGCUAGAGCAUGAUACCUGCACCUGGAUAGCUUCAUCGCUGGAUUUUUCAUUUCGCUCGCGCUGGAUACAGUCCCGCGUGCACGGCAGCACAUCAUGCGACAUGACCUUCCAGAGCAUGGCAUCUCUCGAGGUGUGCUAUACGCCACUCCCUUGGCCAUUCGCGGCUAUUUUCUCCUGUUAUCCCUACUCGCAGUUCGACCUCACUGCGAGAAUGACGACGAGUGUGUUCCACACAUUCAUGACGGACGUAAUAUAUAGAGACUGCGCGGACUUCCUUUUGCCGCCUUUUCUACAAGUACUGGCUUUUUCUUGCAUAUGGCCCCAUCGUACAUACAUGGCAUCCGAGGACCGAAGCGACAGGGUCGGCCUCGCUAAUUCUGCAUUGUGGCGUUAUUUUUGGGGCGAAGUCUGGGGAGGCAGGUUGUCGAGAGGAGGUGCAGACAUUCUCAUCCAAGCCAACCUCUUCCCGCCCGUCUCAGUUUGUUUCAUCUGUCAGCGCUGUCGAUUUUGACCUGCUACACGAACCAAAAGUCUUGUGGCACAGAACCCUCCAUCCAGCACUCUCUUGCUUGUUGGGCAAAAAGAAAGUGAAAGGAGCAUUUGGGUGAGAGAGAGAACGAAGAGCAGUCCCGCGGGGUUCCAUUCGAGCUCAUGCACGAGUCCCGUUGGGUGUGAAGGGAGGAGAGCAAUGUAUUGGUAUUGUCUAAGAUGAUAGCUCCGUGGCGUGGAAAGUGAUGAGAAGCUUUUGCACGAGCGGGAAAGAAAGAUAGUGGCGUGCAUAGCUGCGGUUUGCUUGUGUUGAGGGGAGCAACAGAUAGGUGGGAUAUUCGAGAUGAACAGCUUCGCAUCAA